AUGAAUGAAACAGAAUUACCAGAAGAAGAAGCUUUACAACCUGAUAUUGUUCGUGCUUUUUUCAAGGAACAUGCUGCUGAAAUCCCUGUGGCCGAUGCUCUUCGUGAAACAAAAUUAGUUACUGUAGGUUCUCAACAACUCAAUCUUGUCAUUGUUAGACCACGAGGAUCUGAAAACCAAGUAUUACCUAUCAUUCUCUUUUUGCACGGUGGUGGAUGGUUUAUGGGUGGAAUAGAAACACAUGGUAUUCUCGUUCAUGAGCUUGCUAAUCGUACUCCAGCUGUGGUGGUUCAUUUGGAAUAUUCUCUUAGUCCUGAAGCCAAAUACCCUGUGGCCCUAGAUGAAACUUAUGCUACUCUCUCAUGGAUCAAGGAGAAUGCUGCUUCUAUUGGAGGAGAUUUGAAUCGAUUAACAGUUAUAGGUGAUAGUGCAGGUGCUAAUCUAUCGACAUCAUUAUGUGCUCUUGAAAAAGAAAAAGAUCAAAAUAUUUUAAUCAAGUCUCAAGUUCUUCUUUAUCCUCUUAUUGGUACAGAUUUUACAGUUCCAUCCUAUCUUGAAUAUGAAAACAAUUCAUACUUACCUUUGAGAGUAGUUAAAUGGGUUUGGGAUCUCUAUUUGCCAAAGGAUGCAGAAACAGAUCGACUUGCUAUUCCUUUGUUAGCCACUAAAGAACAACUCCAAGGUUUGCCUCCAGCACUGAUCAUCACUGCAGAAAAGGAUGUUCUUCGUGAUGAUGGUGAACAAUAUGGUAAACAACUUCAAGAAGCCGGUGUUCAAACAAUUACGGAACGAUAUAAUGGAGUGAGACAUGGAUUCCUUACUGAUCAACAAUUAUCACCAAAAGCUUUGGCAGCUAUCGAUCAAAUCAUCCAGUUUGUGACAAAAGCAUGGACCAAGGAUCGUUCUUCUCACUUGUAG